GUGUUUGUGCAUCGUCGGACCCGCUAUUCUUCGACGCUUUCUGUGUGCCAAUACAUCGGACAGACUCUCUCGGACCAACCGUCUUCGCCGCCUUCUCUUCUGCAGCACCGACAACCCGGAUAGUUACGCUGGACUACCAACACCUCUACCGGAAGAAAAAAAAUUGUCUCACAGUCGUCCCGCCCCAACAUUCCGGCCUUGAGCAAGACACCCGGGACCCCCGACCAUAGCUGCAAGUAAGCCGCUCGACGUUGACACCACUACCCGCUUUACUACACUAUACACACCCGAACGCCAUGACACAAUCGUCGCAGCUGGUACAAGACCGGCAGCCGCAUAAGCAACCCCACGAUCCUCCACCUCCACAGCCUGAACAAUCGCAGAAGAAAGCCAGAAGGAGAAACAGAGUCCCCAUUUCUUGCGUCAUCUGCAGACGGAGAAAGGUCAAGUGUGACAAGCAGAAGCCGCAAUGCUCUAACUGUAUCAAGAACAACGUCCAGCAUUUGUGCCACUACCUGGAACCCAAAUGGGCAAAGCCGUUGGAGUCGGAAACGCUCUCGAUGAAUGUGGACAAUGCAAACGGCUUUGCAAACCCUGCAAUAGCAGCAGCAGCAGCAGCAGCAGGAGUGACGUCCUCGGACGGCAACGCAGGUCUUGUGAAAAGAGACAUGCACAACAACGCCGUACAGAAUACAGCGAACAACGUGCUGAUGGUGAAGAUCGAAGAUCAGCAAGCUCUCUUGUCUACUCUGAACGAGUCUGUGGAAUUAAAGAAGGAGCUGGAAGCUCUGAAAAACAAGAUGAAGUUCCUAGAAACCGAAAACACCGAUCUGAAAAAGAAAAUCGUUUUGAACACAGCCGGUAUACCGACAGCUAACCCAGUCCUAAGGCCUCUGAAAAACCAGGAUUCGGAAGACUUGUUGGAUUGCAUCUUCAACUCUAAUAUACUUUUCAUCGCACAAAAAGGCAGUCAGUACAAUUUGCCCAUAACCUAUCAGAUAAGUGUUUUCUCGUGGAUGUUUAUGGUGAAAAACGACCUUUAUUUGAACGAUUUGUGGAUGAAAAUUCUCAAAUUGAGACAACAUUACGAAUACUACUACAACAGCAAGGGCGCCUCAGAGAAAAAUAUGAUUUCUCAUUACAGAAACUAUGAUCAUAAAUUGAGCAAAUUCAAAAGCAACGAUCCGAGUAGCCUCAAAACCUCAGAAAUCUCAAAAGAGAAGACAAGUGAGCACACAAGUAAACUAAAGAAGUUUUUGGAGAAAAGUUUGAAUUUAGAAAACAAUGGUGUUAAAUCAGGUAAAGUAAUCAACACCAACAAGGUGGAUGAGACUUCCUUUUCCGCAAAUUCAGAGGCAACUGAAAACUAUCCUCAUCUGCCCAAUGUCUGUCCGGUUACCGGUGUAUUGGGCGUAUGUCCGAUAGGUAAUUCUAAUGCCGUCAUGAAUCAUGAGGAAAAAGCAAAACCCAAUACCGAAAUUGACACAAACCUCCCGGAUUCUAAAUUACAAUCAGAAAAGAGAGCUUCUGCUCAUCCCAGGAAACAACAGUCUCUGAAAAGGAAAAAUCAUCCAACUCUGAAGUUUAACAAAUGUCCUGUAUUACAUCCAAAUGAGGCUUCUUUAUCUUCUCCUAUAUCUCUAACUCCUGGUUACCCGAAGAAGCUGACUUCCAGCAUUGCAUCCAGUACAAGUAUCAACAGCAGUGCUGGAGCUCCUUCCGCUACCUAUAAUGAUGCCUAUAGCGAUAGUGACGAACCUCUUGAAGACCCUAAAGUUUGUCCCUUAAUGGUAAGUGACGCCAAGGCAUUGUUCAAAGAGAAACUGUCCAAAAUGAACAUAAGUGCUAUCCGUGAGUCAUACAAUGUGCACAAAAAGAAGGCCGGGUCAGCUUCUCCGGCUAAAAGUAGAGGAACCCCAGUAAUACCCUCGGGUCCAAGCACCCCAAUGUCAGAAAUAAAGCCAGAGGAUACUGAGAAGUUGAGCAACUUUGUUCCGAUAGCAAUGAAACCGGAACCACAAACAAGCUCAAGGCAAAAUAGCAUGAAGAGACAGGCUCCUUUUCCGGAUACUCCUCAGCCCAAUAAAAGCAAAAAACUGAAAACGAUAUCACCUUCUGCAAUCAAGUCUUUAAACUAUAAUAAUACCAAGCAAAUUAUAUCUGUCAUUGAACAAUAUUUACCUAGCAAAAAGGUGGUUGGCUUGUUAUUGGAUAGGUUUUUUGAUAGGUUAUACAUAUACAUGCCUUAUGUGGAUGAAACAAGCUUUAAAUUACGAGUUGCUACAAUCUUAAAAACAACUGAUGCUGGUUGUCAGAAAAUAAGACUAUCUUCAAUUGGCACACAAUAUUGUGAAGAGUUUUUGACCUUAUGUUUAAUGCUAAUAAUCAUCAGGUUGAGUUGGUUAUCGCUACCGGAGAAAUCUGUUACUGGAUUGAGUCAGAGUGAAUUACUUCUAAUGAAACCUGAAAACUUUGUUUCAUUUGUUUUGGUUGAUAUGGUAAAGGAGAUUUUCUCAAAUACUAAAAUUUUGUCAAAGCCCUCCAUGAUUAUUUUUCAAGUUGGGUUGUACUUAAAGAUUUAUUCCACAGUUUCUCCGGAAGAUGGUUUUGAUACAGAUGAUUCAUAUACUAGAAACACCCAAUACAGCACAACUUCAAAUCAGGGCCAAUCUUUCGACCCAAAUUCAAGUACAAACUUAGUCGCACAACAAGCAGAUGCGGGCACUCCGAGUACACCUUCAUCAUCGUCUAACUCAAAUGAUUUAUCCGGAGAUUUGACAAAUGAAUCUCCAAACCUAAAUUCACCUAACUUUAUAUCUAUGUUGGUACAACUUGCUCGUACCAUUGGACUAAAUCGUGAUCCUUUAAACUUUAGAAAUUUCUACCCGACUGCGACUGACGAUGAAAUAACCAUUUCUCGAUUGUUCAAAAAAAGGCAUCUAUGGAGAAAAUUAUGGUAUGGUUUAAUGUUCACUACGAUUGAGGCAAACUUGAGUUUAGGUGACUACAAAAAAGGUCUCCCAAUUGAAAUAGAUUUAGACCCCACACUGGGUAGCGCUAUCAAUCACUCGUGGGAUUGCAGAUUACCCGGAGGUAUUGAACAAGGUGUUUUAGAAAAAUCUUUUGAAAAUGGUAAGGUUUUGCAGAGAGAGUUAUGUAUUGUUCAAAAUUUCAGAGAGUCAAUUGUUUCUUAUAGAUGGAUCUUCAGAGGUAUGAAGCUGCUUUUUGCAGUGGAUAAACCACCAACUACUCUUGAAGUUGAAAAUGUUGUGACGGCUCUAUCCGAAAUUAUUUGUGAAAAGUCAAAAUAUGGGUUUGGAAUUGAUUUGAUCAUGGGUGACCAAGAGAUUGUUAAUCCCUUCAGAGCUAGAAAUUCUUCUGUCUGGGUCAAAAAAUACACCAAACAGAUCAAAGUCCUGAGACUAAAAGUUCAUUUGAUUGUUAAGAACAUGAUCUUCACCUUGAACUAUUUGAUGUUCUUAAAUCACGAACAAAAAUUGAGCAAAUUACUAGGCCAAAAACAUGCCUUAAUUGAGAAAAUAGAUAAGCAAAGAACUUACAUUGAAAAGUUUUUUGAAGCAUCACUAUUGUCUGCUAUAGAAAAUUUCAAACUGUUUGUGCAGUUUAUGGAUGAUAGCAACAAAGUGUUCCCCAACUGCAGCACAGAAUUGUUGAUUUAUCCAUUUUUAAUGAUUUUGAACCAUAGAUCUCACGAAUUCUUGAUUUCCUUAGUCCUUAGAGUUCAGCAAAACUCCCCUGUCAUUAUGGAAAUUUUGAAGAAGAACAGAAUUGAACCAAAAGAGCUUCAAAAAAGACUUUUUACUUAUCUAGAGACUUUCAUUGAAAGAUUGGACGUUUUAACUAAGAACUAUUAUUACGCAUGGGUCCUAAAAAGACUUGUCAAGUUCUUCUACAAUAUAUUACUCAACUCUCAAAAGUUCUUCAAGCUGAACUUCAAGAGAAUGAAUAUCUCGCAAAAUACAUCUAAGAAAAAUACAAGCACGCUGUCAGACCUCAAUAGUAAUAAUGAGGUCAAUAUGAACAAAGCCAGUGGCAACAGCGGUGAAAAAUCCGCUUUUGAGAUUGCUUUUGGUACUUCCAAGUUGCCACCUGUCACUGAUUUUACACACGAUGAUAGAAGAGAAAUAAAUUUCAAUUCAGUCAUAAGUAAUUCAGAUCUUUUGCUAAAUAACGAAUCUCCUGGUCUGGGUAUAAAUGUCAGUCCGGGAAAUAACAUGGCAAUGAAUGCCAUACUUUCUAACUCAAAUGAAAGUACGAACAUUAUGAUUCACAAUAAUACCAAUAAUAGUAAUAUCAAUAGUAACAUUAAUGGCAGCAACAACAUCCAUAAUAAUAAUAUGGCCAAUAUAGCUAUGACACAAAUCAGCACUCCUGAUAAUAUUCAUCUCGAAGGUAACGUUCCUGACAAUUCCAAUUUCAGCGUACAGAAUAACCAUACUGUUGAUAAUCUUGCAGGUAAUCUCCUUGGGAACAUGGCCAACGACAUGAAUUUCAACUCUACAAACGGCGUGAUCAAUCCUGUCAUGAAUCCUCAUGAACUGAAUGGAAUAGGUAAUAACUUCAAUCCAAAUAUGGUUGGCAGUGGUGCCAAACAAGGAAUGACAAGAUGGAAUAAUGGGUUGGGUGAAGAUCUGAAUGAACUCUUUGAUGACCAAUUCCUCAACGACAUUGGAGGAUUUGCAAUGGAAAAUGUUGCUCCGACGGGAGUUUUUGGUUUACGUAGAGGCCUCAGUCACGACGCUAUUCUCAGCCCUAGUGUUGCUGUACCCAAUGUCAAUGGAAUGGGAGAAAUGGAAAAUUCUACAAUGCCUUUGGUUGAGGGCAUGCUGGUUAACCACCCAAAUAAUGAUAUGAUGAACAUCAACUCAUUUUCCGGAGGAAAGGGAGAAAUCUACAACUCAUUAAAUGAAAUCGACUUCACCAAUGUCGACCUCAACGCACCUGUAGAUAGUAUGCCAUACGGUUUCGAAUUAAACAUCCAGGAAGAAAUGACGGGUCUAAACCCUGGUGCUAACAACCCUCUAAAAAAUGGUUCAAAUGGGUUUAGGCGUAGCAAUGGCCACGAUGCCCAUGGUUCGAGGUCUAACUCAGCAGAUGAUCAAUCUGGUGGAUUUGGACACUGGAACUUCUUCUGAACGUGUCGCAUUUACAAAAGGUUUAAAGUGAUGUAAUAUUCUCUGUGAAUAAUAUUAAC